AGCAGCUCUCCCUUAUCCAUGACAAGCACAUACUCACUUUUCCAUCAAAACCGCCAUUACCAAGUUCUUUCUUUCUCUUUCUCUCUCUCUCUCUCAAAUUAGAGAAGAAAGAAGCCGUUUCCUGUUGAUAUCCUAAAGAUAGGGAAAAGGGUAACAGAUACUCACCGGACAUUGUUAAGGAUUUCUUCUUAGUUUCUUUUCCCAAACCAAUCGGUUUUACUUUAGAAAUCUUUGUUCGCAAAUCUAGAAAAAAUGGUUUCUUUGGUUUCUCGUACGGGAAGACACUUGCAGCGCUACAGAGAUGGCCGUCGGCUUGUCGUUGGAUGCAUACCUUACAGAUACAAGAAUGGGAAGCAUCCUUCAUGUGAAAACUAUAACACCAUCGAUGAUGAAGCCGAAUUGGAGAUCCUUGUAAUCACUUCACAAAAGGGUCACGCCAUGCUGUUCCCUAAGGGAGGUUGGGAAUUAGAUGAGUCAAUUGAAGAUGCAGCCUUGCGUGAGACGGUAGAAGAAGCCGGUGUGAAAGGCAAAGUUCAGGGUAAAAUUGGUGAAUGGUCUUUCAAGAGCAAAAGGUAUAACACAUUCUAUGAAGGUGUUAUGUUCCCCUUGCUUGUGAAAGAGCAACUUGACCUUUGGCCUGAGAAGAACCUGCGCAAACGGAUAUGGAUGACUGUGGCUGAGGCUAGAGAAGUAUGUCAACAUUGGUGGAUGAAGGAAGCACUAGACAGAUUGGUUAGACGCUUGAUGCAACAAUCAGAGGAAGAAGACAUAAUAACCAUAUCAAGUUCUUUAAGCAGCGACGAGGAAGUAUCGCCUUGUGCUCUAAGCUAGAGAAGGAAGGAGGCUCUGUAGUUUUUUUUUUUUUUCUAACUUUCACUGCCUAUUGGAAGAUUUUGAGGGAACUAGAUCAACAGACAAGAAAAGAGAAAACAGAGUUUUAUCGAAGAUGAACUAAUCUUGCGUUGACCUGUUGGUUCAUGUACACGAUUGUUAAUUUCCAAUUACAGUGCAGGUUAGAAAUUUCCUGCUUUUCUUAAAUCUCCUCUUCGGACUUCUGGGAAAACCCCAUCUGGGUUUAAACCCAAAAAUCAAAUUGUACAUAUUCUCAGCUCCACUUUUUGAAUCUGAAUAAAAUUUUAAAAUUUUCCA